GUCACAAAAGAUGUAAACAAAUCUUCACGUGUGCGUGUAUUUCCUGCUAAGUUUUCCCACAAUUGCACUAGUGUUUUACGUGAAAAUUCAGUGAAAAUGUUUCUGGAAGAGGGAGAAAAGAUGUUGGAGUCUUGUGUACUUCCAAAAUGUGUGACUGACAUCACAGAUUGCCCAAUAGAAGCCAAUCACUUCCAAGAGUACAAGAAACACUUGGAGUAUCUUCUGCCGACACUCUUCGAUUUGAUCAGCAGCAGAGAAAUUGAGCUAUUUGACUGUGUGCCAGAGACUUUGAGAUUCCGCAAACUCUUCGUAGAAUUCGUUUGUGAGCAAACAAGUGAUUGCGCUACCUUCCAGACGGAAGUUGCUUUGCUUCGGAGGAAUUUGCUAAACUUUGAAAGGAGACUUAAGAAAAUGCUGAAGGAUGAUGGGAAUCUGGGAAGAGAAAUGAUUGUGCUCUACAAAUCCAAGCUCUUGGGUGAAGCUUGGAAGCGGAAUCUUGGAGCAAUCUAUGGAUUUAUUCACUUUUGCAAAGUGUCCUUCAGAGACAAUCAGGACAAUCCGUUGGAUUUGGACAAAGCAAUGUUUAUCUUGUCCAUUGGAAGCCAGUUUUUGGAAAACCACGAUCCGGCCUUCAAGCUGUGUGGCUUGAAACUGUUCAGAUUGAUCCUCGAGUCUCUGCAGAAAGAUAAGUUGAUGGAAACCAACACUCACGAGGUAAUCUAUAGUCAAGCAAUUGCUAAUGUCGACAAACUCAACAGCGAAGAGUGCACUCAGGAAAUCUGGAAAUGCGUCUGGUUGUCUAUGUCAAUAGAUAAGAAAGUGCCCAGGAAUCUUCAGUGGAACAAAUUCGAUGACUGUCUUCAGACUCUGAUCUAUAAACUAAAACUGGAAAGUAAUCUCGGAACUAGGCGUUUUCUGCAAGAUACUCUUAUUCGUUUUGUCUUAUUCACAAUUCCUGAUAAGGAGAAAAUCGAGGUCAAUUGGAAUGCUUGGGCAUCAAACAAUCAAGAGUCACUGAAUGCUCUGAAGAGAAAGAGGGGCACAUUUGAUAACGCGAAAUGCUAUCGCUGGGCGAAGAGCCUCUUGGAUAUGAUUGUUUUCCAAUUCCUAACAAUAGCCAGCAGCCGUCAAGAUGCGAUACCAACAAUUCAAUUUGUGCACACAACCUAUCUGAUUACGCUAUCAUUCAUAAAGCGAGACUUAUUGGAUGAGUUUCUCACGCAGUUUGUCAAGAGAUCUCUCCCAAUUUGCGCGGAAAUUCUCAAUAUCUUCCGAGAUGCUGAUAGCAGAGUACAAGAGGAAUUAAUCGACUUCCUGACAACUGUGAACUAUCAAACAUCGGAAAGGCAAGAUGAGAAUAACUACUUCAAGGCUCUGAGUGAUUUCCUAGCGCAUGUGACAAAACCAUAGGUCAAACUAGAGGUAAAUAUUCGUUUUGCGUAUUUCAUAAAGUCCUUGAACCACACGAAGCUGUUGGCAUCAUCACUCAACCUAAAAUUGCAAUAAAAAUUGCGAAUUCAAAUUCAUUGAUAAGUUUUUAUCAGCUGUUUAUUUACUCGUCAUUCUAGAUUUUUUAUUUGGCGCAAAUAACCAAAUAAGAUUCGUUUUUUGCCAUGUAGAUCCAUUACAUGCUACAAAUGGGA